AUGAACGAGCAUAAACAUAGGUAUAUAAACGAACAUAAACAUAGGUAUAUAAACCCUGUGGCAGAUGCCGAGAGCAUCGUCUCAAAAGCAAUCCGUGACGGUGCAAUAGACGCGACACUAGAUCAUGCAAACGGUUGGAUGGUGUCUAAAGAAACCGUUCGUGCCCUUCGGUUCCCUCCCAACUCUCACAAGGAAAAGGAGAGUGCUGAAAAGAGGAGAGAGAGACAACAACAAGAGCAAGAGCUUGCAAAACAUAUCGCUGAGGAAGACGAUGAUGAUUUUUGA